UACUUGACUUUCAUAUAAUCAGAACCAUACAGUAUGUCCUCCGAAAGAGACACUUUUAAAAGAAAAUGAAAUUUAAUCACCAAUAUUUGGCAAGCUUAAACCCAUAUCCUCAUUUCCAACCUCAGCCUUCCCUGCCAUUGGUGGGAAAGAGUUCGAAAACUGAAUUGGGUGAGUUAUAGCAAGUCAAACUACAUUUUUCCUUGCAUAUCUGAGUCACACGGGGUCACUUUCAAUCAACUGCUAGUUGUGAGCCUAGAAAUAGGGACCCAGGUGAGUUAGGGUCCCUGCCCUAUGCUUAAGAGCCAUUGCCAAAGAUCGACUCAGGGAAAUGGGCAGUUCCGUGCCCCAUCCUCUUCCCUACUCACUUCCGCUUGAUACUAGAAGUGAGACUCACUCAAUGUCGGGUUUCCCCACCCUUGGAGAGCUCAUGGGGAAUGCAGUGUGUCACUCACACAGCCACGUGCUGCUCUGCAGCUGGGAAGGAGAAAACUGGGCGUGUGUCCUGAUGCUCUUCUCACCCUCCAAAUCCCCAGCAUCCCCCAGAUGGACUGCUAUUGACCUUUACCAUCCAUUUGUUUCCUUUUCUUUUCCUCCUCCUUUCUUCUACAAAGGCCUCCUGCUUUGAAAAUGAGGCAUACCUAGGGAAAACAGGUUUCAGGUCAGCUCUGGUUCAAAGGGUGGGUCCCUUCCACUCCGACAAGUUUGAUCCCCUCAUUCUGCCUCUCUCCCUGCCCCUCCUCAUGUGUGCACCCUCUGGUCUUACCGACUCGGCUCUCUCCUCUGCCUUGAUUCCUGUAGGGUACAUUUCUCCAAAUGGCCCUGUAGAAAGCACAGUGCGGAGAUGCCCCUCCCUGGGGAGGGAGGACCCAAAGCUCUGGUCUCUCCUACUCAGUAUCAGCUAUAAAUGCCACAGAUACGCUUGCGAGGAAAAAAGAAGAAAAACAGGAAGCCAAACUGUGGAGCAAUUUGGGGGCUCCCUGCAACCAUCCCACCUGCCUACAAGGUUUACCCUGGCAGUGGCUGGCCUUUGGGUCUUUUCGUGCAACUUUAUUUUCUAUCAAGGCCCAGGGGGUUUGCCCCUUGUCUCUCCGCCUCUUUGACCUAUUCUUCCUUUGGAACCCAGGCAUCUAAAUGACAACUUCUAUGUGCAUCAUUUAGAGAUGAGAAGAGGAAACAUUUCUCCUGCCUUCUGGUUCCUGUGGCUCCUUCUCUUUGGACUUCUGGGACCCAGCUCUGAGAAUACCACAGACUUCACAAAAGGCUCUGACACCACCACAGCCUCCAUCACAGGCUCUGAGACCACCAUGGCCUCCACCAUGGCCUCUACUAUGGCCUUAACUGCAGGCUCUAAGAUCACCACAGACUCUACCACAGGCGCUGAAACCAACACGGCCUCCACCACAGACUCAGGGACUACUAUAGCCUCCACUAGGACCUUCACCACAGGCUCUGACACAACCACAGCCUCCACUGCAGGCUCUGAAACUAUCGUGGCCUCCACCGCAGUCUCUGAGACCACAACAUCCUCUACUAUAGCCUCUACUACAGUCCCUGAGACUACCAUGGCCUCCAGCACAACCUCCACUGCAGGCUCUGAGACAACGAUGGCCUCCACCAUAACUUCUGAAACCACCAUGGCCUCCACCACAAGUUCUGAGACCGCCGCAAUCUCUAUCACAGGCUCUGAGACCACCACCACCUCCACUGCAGGCUCUGGGGCCACUAAAGUCUCUACCACAGACUCUGAAACCACCACAGCAUCUACUGCAGGUUCUGAGACCACCUCCUCCACCUCCACAGCAGGCUCUGAGGCCACCACAACCUCAACUGCAGACUCCAAGGUGAUCACGGCAUCCAGCAUGAGCUCUGAGACCACUAUGGCCCCCACUGCAGGCUCUAACACCACCACAGGCUCUGAGACCACUACAGUCCCUAUUAAAGCCUCUGAGACCACUACAGCUUCUACAGCAGGUUCUGAGACCACCACCUCCACCCCCACAGGCUCUCAGACCACCAUAGUCUCUAUUUCAGGUUCUGAGAUCACCACCACCUCCACGGCAGGAUCUGAGACUACCACAGUCUCUAGUGCAGGCUCUGAGACAACCACCAUCUUCACUGCAGGCUCUGAGACCACUACAGUCUCUACCACAGGCACUGAGACCACCAUGGGCUCAGAGAUCACCACAAACUCUACUGCAAGCUCUGAGACCACCACAGUCUCCACCGUGGGCUCUGAGACCACCACAACUUCUGCUGCAGGCUCUGAGACCAUCACAGUCUCCACCAUGGGCUCUGAGACCACCACAACUUCUACUACAGGCUCUGAGACCACCACAGUCUCCACUGUGGGCUCUGAGACCACCACAACUUCUGCUGCAGGCUCUGAGACCACCACAGUCUCCACUGUGGGCUCUGAGACCACCAUAACCUCUACUUCAGGCUCUGAGACCACCACAGUCUCAACUUCAGGCUCUGGAACCACCAUGGCUUCUACCACAGGCUCUGAGACCACCACAGCCUCUACUGCAGAUUCUGAGACCACUGCAGCCUCUACUACAGGCUCUGAGACCACUAUGGCAUCCAUCAUGAGCUCUGAGACCACUGCAGCCUCUACCACAGGCUCUGAGACCACCAAGAUCUCCAGUGCAAGCUCUGAGAUGACCACAGUCUUCACUGCAGGCUCAGAGACCAUCACAGCCUCUACCGUGGGCUCUGAGACAACCAUGGCAUCCACCAUAAACUUUGAGACCACUGUAGUCUCUACCAUAGGCUCUGAGACCACAACAGCCUCUACUGCACAUUCUGAGACCACUGCAGCCUCCACCAUGGGCUCUGAGACAACCACAGUCUCAGCUGUAGGCUCUGAGACCACAGUCUCCAUUGCAGGCUCUGAGACCACUGCAGCCUCUACUGCAGGCUCUGAGACCACUGCAGCCUCUACUAAAGAUUCUGAAACCAACAUAGCAUCUACUGAAGAUUCUGCGAGUACCUCAGCCUCUACUACAGGGUUUGAGACAAGCACAGCCUCUACUACAGGCUCUGAGACCACUAUGACAUCAACCAUGGGCUCUGAGACCACUAUGGCCUCUACCAUAGGCCCUGAGACCACCAAGGUUUCCACUGCAAGCUCUGAGAUGAUCACAGUCUCUGCUGAAGGCUCUCAGACCACCACAGGCUCUACCACAGGCUCUGGGACCACCACAGACUUUAAUACCAGCCCUGAGACCACCACAGCCUCCACCAUGGGCUCUGAGACCACCACAGAUUCUACCACAGGUUCUGAGACCACCACAGCCUCUACUGAAGGCUCUGAGACCACCACAGAUUCUACCACAGGCUCUGAGACCACCACAGCCUCUACUGAAGGCUCUGAGACCACUACAGUCUCUGCCACAGGUUCUGAGACCACCACAGUCUCUACCACAGGCUCUGAGACCACUACAGUUUCAACCACAGGCUUGGAGACCACCAUCACUACCAUUGAAGGCUCUGAGAUGACUAUAGUCUCCACCACAGGCGCUGAGACCACCACAGCCUCUACUGAAGGUUCUGGGACCACUGCAGCCUCCACUGCAGGCUUUGAGACCACCACAGUCUCUACUGCAGAUUCUAAGAACACCAUGGCAUCGACUGCAGAUUUUGAGAGCACCAUGGCCUCUACUGCAAGCUCUGAAACCACCACAGCCUCUACUGAAGGCUCUGAGACCACUACAGUCUCCACCACAGGCUUUGAGACCACCAUGGUCUCUACCACAGGCUCUGAGACUACCAUCACCUCUACUGAAGGCUCUGAGACUACUACAGUAACUGCCACAGGCUCUGAGACCACCACAGUCUCUACUGAAGGCUCUGAGACCACUACACUCUCCACCACAGGCUCUGAGACCACUAAAGUUUCUAUCACUGGCUCAGAGAACACUACCACUUCUACUGAAGGCUCUGAGAUAACUACAGUCUCCAUCACAGGCUCCGAGACCACCACAGCCUCUACUGAAGGCUCCAAGACCACCUCAACCUCUACUACAGGCUCUGAGACCACCACAUCCUCUACUACAAGCUCUGAGACCACUAUGGCAUCCACCAUGGGCUCUGAGACUAUUAUGGCCUCUACCAUAGGCUCUGAGACCACCACGGUCUCCACUGCAAGCUCUAAAAUGACCACAGUCUUCACCGAAAACUCUGAGACCACCAUAGCCUCUACCACAGGCUCUGAGACCACCACAGUCUCCACUCCAGGCUUUGAGACCAUCCCAGCCUCUACAGCAGGCUCUGAGACCACCAUCACCUCUACUGAAGGCUCUGAUGCCACUACAGUCUCUACCACAGGCUCUGAGACCACCACAGCCUCUACUGAAGGCUCUGAGACCACUACAGUCUCUACCACAGGCUCUGAGACCCCAACAAUCUAUAACACAGGUUCUGAGACCACCACAGUCUCUACUGCAGGCUCUGAGACAACUGCCACCUCUACUGAAGGCUCUGAGACCACCACAGCCUCUACUGAAGGCUUUGAGACCACUACAGUCUCCACCACAGGCUCGGAGACCACCAUGGUCUCUACCACAGGCUCUGAGACUACCAUCACCCCUACUGAGGGUUCUGAGACCACUACAGUCACUACUGCAGGCUCUGAGUCCACAACAGUCUAUACCACAGGCUCUGAGACUACCACCACCUCUACUGAAGGCUCUGAGACCACUACAGUUUCUACCACAGGCUCUGAGACCACCACGACCUCUACCACAGGCUCUGUGAUGACUACAAUAUCUACCACAGUCUCUGAGACCACCAUGGUCUCUACCAUAGGCUCUGAGACCACCACAUCCUCUACUGCAGGCUCUGAUGCCACCAUCACCCCUACUGAAGGCUCUGAGACCACCAUGGCCUCCAAAGCAGGCUCUGAGAUCAGCACAGCCUGUACCACAGGUUCUGAGACCUCCACAUCCUCCAGUGCAGGCUCUGAGACCAACACUGCCUUCAUCAUAGGCUCUGAGACCACCAUAGUUUCCACUGCAAGCUUUGAGCCCACUGCAACUUCCCUCACAGGCUCUGAGACCACCACAGUCUCUAUCACAGCUUCUGGGGCCACUGCAGCCUCCACCACUGUCUCUGCCACCACUUUUGUAUCCACCAAGGCCACUGACAUUUCUAUUCAGCCCAUCACCAACACAGCUGUGUCAGGCACCAAGACCACUGGAACCAGACCCACCGGCUCCAGCUCUGUCACCAUGACCUCUGGAAUGGACUCCACGGCCUCUGCUGCCAGCCAUAUUGUGCCAGGAAUAGUCCCAAACACCUCUGGCCUGGAUACAUCUACUAGGGGAGCAUCAUCUACCACCUUAGCCCCUGGCGUCAGGACCACCACAGGAUCCACCCGUGAGCCAACUGGCAGCACCUCCCAGGAAACAGGCCCAGUGUCCACGGGCACGAACACAGUUAGCAUGAGCCACAUGCCCACAAACGUGAUCAAACCAAGUGGAUAUUUACAGCCCUGGGCUAUCAUCCUCAUUUCCCUGGCUGCAGUCGUGGCUGGUGUUGGAUUGUCAGUAGGACUGAGUUUUUGUCUGAGAGACCUUUUCUUUCCCCUGAGGAAUUGUGUUUAUUACCCCCAUGGCCACAGCCAUGGCCUUGGUCUGGACCUGGACUUGGGCCUGGGCUCUGGGACAUUCCACAGCCUGGGAAAUGUACCAGUUCAUGGAGGAGAACUUGAAAUGGGACAUGGAGGAACAUGUGGCUUUGGACAUGGAGUGGGCCAUGGACUGAGCCACAUCCAUGGAGAUGGCUACGGAGUGAAUCAUGGCGGGCAUCAUGGACAUGGAGGAGGCCACUGAGGAGACCAUGGAGUGGAUCACAGAGGAAGCCACCAAGAAGGCCAUGGCAGGACAAGAUGGCUGUGGCCAUAGAUUGGGUAUCAAAAUAUAUUAUGGGUGGGAGGGGGUCACUGAGGAGAAAAAAAUAAUGAUAAUGAAAUAAUUAAAAUGGAGCAUCGGAAGGUUCCCAGGAUGUGAUCUGUGGAGACGGACAUGGACUAGGUUAAGAAAAGAAACAGCAAAAGGACACGGAGACUUUGACCGGCUUGGAGGUGACUUCGAGUCAAAGCUUCUGUGAGUUUUUCCUGAGUCUCCGCUUCUGUUGUGGGGAGUCACGACGACCACCCUCGGGACAUCUUCUCUCCCAUUUCCCGCCACAUCAGGGUCAACGUUUCUCAUCCCUGUUUCCUCAUGAUGCUAUAAAUAUUACCAGGGCAUGUCUAAGAAACAAAAGCAUGUAAUGAAUGUAUUAUCAGGGGCCACACACUUAUUCGUUUACCUGUUUGUUCUUUCAGUUUGUUUUUUUUUUUCAAGUGCUCAUUAUGUACCAAUCACUAUCCCGGGAGCCUUUAAAUAUGUCAUCAUUUGGCUGGGUACGGUGGCUUAUGCCUGUAAUCCCAGCACUUUGAGAGGCCAAUG